CAAAACAAACAAAAAAAGCAUUCUAGAGCCACAUGCCUUAUGAAGUCAAUGCUGGGUAUGAUUUUACAAAUAUGGUCCGGAAAAAGAAUCCCCCUCUGAGAAACGUUGGUAGUGAAGGUGAAUCCCAGACUCUCAAGUUGCCAGGGAUUGGAAGCGACGAUACCGAAAGGAAGCAAGAAUUUUCUGCCGGUCAGAUGCAUGAAAACGCUGAGCAGGGCGAGGCUGCGGAGCCAAAUGACAAGGAGGGGUUUUGCACGCACGUCCCGGAGUCGUCUCCCAGCACUAAAAAGGACUUGAAAAGCGCAGCGCUGAGUGAGAAGGCUGGCUUCAAUUAUGAAAGCCACAGUAAGGGAGGAAAUGUUCCAUCCUUUCCUCAUGAUGAGGUGACAGACAGAAAUGCGCUGGCCUUCUCGUCUCCAGCUGUGGGGGGAACCUCAGAGUCCUUGAAGUCUCCCGUCAGAUCAGAUGCAGAUGACACCCAGGAUGCGGUCUGCAUCCCGUCGGGAGAUCUAUCAGAGAAAAGCGAAGAGCAUCGCACCUCACCCAAAGCUACAGAUGCAACGGCGCAUGCGCAGAGCGGCCCAGCCGAGCACCCAGGCUCAAGUCCGACCUCGGCGGCCUCAAAAAACCCACAAGUGCCUUCUGAUGGGGAGUUAAGGCCAAACAGAUCCAAAGCAGAUUUGCUGGCAAACGAGAACCCAGAGACGGCGCCUCUGUCUCCAGAACUUCAGGACUUCAAAUGCAACAUCUGUGGCUACGGUUACUACGGCAACGACCCCACGGAUCUCAUCAAACACUUCCGCAAGUACCACCUAGGGCUGCACAACCGCACGAGGCAGGAUGCAGAGCUCGACACUAAAAUUUUGGCACUCCAUAACAUGGUGCAGUUCAGCCACUCCAAAGACUUCCAAAAGGUCAACUGUUCUGUGCUGUCAGGGGUCCUCCAGGACAUAAAUUCCCAAAGGCCCGUCUUGCUCAAUGGGACUUACGAUGUGCAGGUGACUUUAGGUGGGACCUUUAUUGGCAUUGGACGCAAAACUCCCGAUUGCCAGGGCAACACCAAGUAUUUCCGCUGCAAGUUCUGCAAUUUCACCUACAUGGGCAAUUCGUCGACCGAGCUGGAGCAGCACUUCUUGCAGGCUCACCCAAAUAAAAUAAAACCCGCCCUUCCUGCGUCUGAAUCCAGCAGAGCUUCGGAGAAGAGCUCCGGCAAGCCCAGCCCCGCCGUUCAGUCGUGCGAGGCCGGAGACCUGGGGAAGUGGCAGGACAAGAUCACCGUAAGAGCCGGAGACGACGCGCCGGUGGGCUACUCGGUGCCCAUCAAGCCUCUCGAACCCUCGAGACAAAACGGUACGGAUGCCUCCAGUUACUACUGGUGCAAAUUCUGCAGCUUUAGUUGCGAAUCGUCCAGCUCCCUCAAACUGUUAGAACAUUACGGCAAGCACCACGGGGGGAGCCAGGCAGGGGGCCUUCACCCAGAUCGGAAUGACAAGCUCUCGAGGGGGUCGGUCAUUAAUCAGAGUGACGUAGCCAAAAAUGCAGACGGAGAGUUAGCGGCCAAGACCGAGAAGGGCCCUAGCGUGGCCAAAAGGAAGGACUUCUCCGGCUCAGGAGCGGAGGACCACGUGGUGACGAGCUACAAUUGUCAGUUUUGCGAUUUUAGGUACUCUAAGAGCCAUGGCCCAGACGUGAUAGUGGUGGGGCCUCUUCUUCGCCACUAUCAGCAGCUGCACGACAUUCACAAGUGUACCAUUAAGCACUGUCAGUUUUGCCCCCGAGGCCUUUGUAGCCCAGAAAAGCACCUUGGAGAAAUUACUUAUCCUUUUGCUUGCAGGAAAAGUAAUUGUUCCCACUGUGCUCUCUUGCUCUUGCACUUGUCCCCUGGGAUGCCAGGAGGCUCCAGAGUCAAGCACCAGUGUCACCAGUGCUCUUUCUCCACUCCUGAUGUAGACGUUCUCCUGCUUCACUAUGAAACCACACACGAAGCCCAGGCCUCUGAAGUCAAGCAAGAAGCCAACGCCCUGCAAGGGGUGGACGGGCUGUUGGCCGUCAAAGAAAGCAAAGAACACUCGUGUACCAAAUGUGACUUUGUCACUCAGGUGGAAGAGGAGAUUUCUCGACACUACAGGAGAGUCCAUAACUGUUACAAAUGCCGUCAGUGCAGCUUUACGGCUGCCGACACUCAGUCCCUGCUGGAGCACUUCAACACCGCCCACUGCCAAGAGGUGGACAUCACCACAGCCAAUGGGGAGGAUGGCCAUGGGGUGGCUGCCGCUCUCAAGGAAGAGCCCAAAGUUGACCUGAAGGUCUAUAGCCUGAUCAGUCCAGAUCCCAAAAUGGGAGAGCCGGUCUCUGAGUGCAUAGUAAAGCGGGAAAAGCUGGACGAGAAGGAAAUGGCAAAAGAGAAAGGUUGGCUUGAUGGCUCCAGCGACGAUCUUCGUGGCACCGCUUGGCGAGGAGUGGACAUUUUGAGGGGGAGCCCGUCCUACACCCAAACAAGCUUGGGCCUUCUAACCACGGUGUCCGUUGGCCAAGAGCAGCCAAAGCCCCUGCGGGAAAGUCCAAAUGUAGAAGCUGCCCAUCUUGCACGGCCUGUUUAUGGCUUGCCGGUCGAGACCAAGGGCUUCCUCCAGGGGGUGCCCCAAGGAAGUGGAGAGAAACCUGGACCCCUCCCUCAGCAGUAUCCUGGAUCUGGUGACAGCAAGUCAAAGGAUGAAUCUCAGUCCCUCUUACGGAGACGUAGAGGCUCGGGUGUUUUUUGUGCCAAUUGCCUGACCACAAAGACCUCUCUCUGGCGAAAGAAUGCAAAUGGAGGAUAUGUAUGCAACGCGUGUGGUCUCUACCAGAAGCUUCACUCGACUCCCAGGCCUUUAAACAUCAUUAAGCAGAACAACGGCGAGCAGAUCAUUAGGAGACGAACGAGAAAGCGCCUUAACCCAGAGGCACUCCAGGCUGAACAGCUAAACAAACAGCAGAGGGGGAGCAGCGAGGAACAAGUCAAUGGCAGCCCGCUAGAUAGGAGGUCAGAGGAUCAUUUGACAGAAGGUCACCAGAGAGAAAUCCAGCUUCCCAGCCUGAGUAAAUACGAAGCCCCGGGUUCAUUGACUAAAAGCCAUUCUUCUCCGCAGUCAAUAUUGGUCAGCCAAACCGCUCUGGAUAUUCACAAAAGGAUGCAACCUUUGCACAUUCAGAUAAAAAGCCCUCAGGAAAGUACCGGAGACCCAGGCAAUAGCUCCUCCAUAUCAGAAGGGAAAGGAAGCUCGGAGAGAGGCAGUCCAAUAGAGAAAUACAUGAGACCUGCAAAGCACCCGAACUAUUCGCCACCCGGAAGCCCCAUUGAAAAGUACCAGUACCCACUCUUUGGGCUUCCACUUGUACACAAUGACUUUCAAAGCGAAGCUGAUUGGCUGAGAUUCUGGAGUAAAUAUAAGCUGUCCGUUCCCGGGAACCCACACUACUUGAGUCACGUGCCUGGCCUACCAAAUCCUUGCCAAAACUAUGUGCCUUAUCCCACCUUUAAUCUGCCUCCUCAUUUUUCAGCUGUCGGCUCCGACAAUGACAUUCCUCUCGAUUUGGCGAUAAAACAUUCCAGACCUGGGCCAACGGCAAACGGUGCCUCCAAGGAGAAAGCGAAGGCGCCCCCAAAUGUAAAAAACGAAGGCCCCUCAAAUGUAGUAGUGAAAACGGAGAAAGUCGACCGAAGUACUCAAGACGAACUGUCAACCAAGUGCGCGCACUGUGGCAUUGUCUUUCUGGAUGAAGUGAUGUACGCCUUGCAUAUGAGUUGCCAUGGGGACAGCGGACCUUUCCAGUGCAGCAUAUGCCAAUAUUUUUGCACGGACAAGUAUGACUUCACGACUCACAUCCAGAGGGGCCUGCAUAGGAACAAUGCACAAGCUGAAACGAAUGGAAAACCUAAAGAGUAAAACAAACAAAACGAAAAAAACAAAAAAAUAAAUAAACCUUAGCACUUAGCACAAUUAAACAGAAAUAGGUUUCCUUGAUGGGAAUUCAAUAGCUUGUAAUGUCUUAUUAAGCACUUCAUAUAGCAAGCAUGCCUUAUCCAGUAUACAAUCCUCCAUUCUCUUCUCUCUCUCCCCCCCUUUCCUUUCUUUAAACGAAAAAGUUAAGUAACUGAGAAGGAAAAGGAAAACGGAUGGCAGCUGGAAGGGAGGGGGGGCAGGGAUAGUCACUUGGGACCCGUCCCACCAAAACUACACAGAAGACACUAUAUCAGGGCAAGAAUCUUUGACAGACUUAACCAGACAACUAAUGCUUUUGUUCUUGUGCAAGAAACGCAGCUGGCUAGAACGCAAAGAUGUGUAAUGCUGACGCAGGUGUACAGUAACAUAUGCAUACUGUAUAGCGAAAUGGACUUGUUAAAUAAACUGAUGUCCAGAAA